AUGGCUAAAGAGAAUUAUGAAUUUUUCGUUGUCAGCGGUAAAGUUUCAAAAGGGUAUGAUUCAAACGGUCUUGCAGAUCCUUAUGUUAAAAUGGGAUAUAUUAGUAAAAAGACUGGUAAAACAGAAUAUUUCUUAAAAACCAAAGUAAUCAAAUCCACAUUAUUACCAGAGUUUCAACAUAAACAAGUUCAAGAAUUGGAUUCAGAUGAUAUAGAAAAGGUUGUUAUUGAAAUGUAUGAUCAUGACUUGAUUGGAAAGAAUGACUUUAUUGGUAAAGUUACUUUAGAAGGUAACUCUCUUACAUGUCUAUCAACUGAAGGUACUCUCAUUAGAUAUCAUUUGUUCAAUGAAAAUGACUCAGAAUCAGUUGGUAAAUCCACAGCUAAUGUUUACUUGGGUAUGAAUAAAAAGGCCUAA